GUUUCUGCGCGUCUGAGCUGCGCUGUCUCUUUAAUGCCUUCAUGUUACCGGAAGUGUUCGGGGUGUUUCCAGCUGAUCGGAAAAACAGAAGUAGCAGGAUCUCCCUCUGUGGACGGAUCUGUCUGCGAUAACCCUGCAGCUGAGGCGGAGCGCUCCGGUCCUGACCUCCAGCGGCCCCUUCCCGCUCUAAAAGCCAUCUUCUCCGGAGGUGAUUUGAAGAAGAACCGGGGGAUAUCCCCGGUGUCCCUCUCUCCCUCUCUGGUUCUCCUUCAAGCCGUCACUAAGCUGCCGUGAACCGGUACCGUGGGCUGCUUUUAGCCCGGACUGUCAUGAUCCCAGCUCGGAGAUGGCGUCCUUCCCCGGUUUGUGUAAGGCUGUCGGGCCCGCGGAGGAGGAGAACGGAGAGCUGGACGGCUCCCUGCAGCAGAUGCUGAAGGCCAUCGCCGACGAAAGGAACCGACUGAACAGUCGGCAGGAGAUCAGCGGACUGGGCUGCUUUAAAGAUGACCGCAUCGUUUUCUGGACCUGGAUGUUCUCCACGUACUUCAUGGAGAAGUGGGCACCUCGGCAGGACGACAUGCUGUUCUACGUCCGCAGGAAGCCUGCCUACGUCGGCGCAGACAACGGCGAGGGGAAAAAGGUGGAGGUGGAGGUCUACAGACGGGACUCAAAGAAGCUUCCGGGCCUCGGUGACCCAGACAUCGACUGGGAGGAGAGUGUUUACCUGAAUCUGAUCCUGCAGAAGCUGGAUUACGUGGUAACCUGUGCCGUCUGUACGCGCUCAGACGCCGGCGACAUCCACGUCCACAAGAAGAAGUGUCAGGAGGUUUUUGCGUCUCCCAGCAAACACGCCAUGGACAGCAAAGGAGAAGAGUCCAAGAUGAGCUAUCCCAACAUCUUCUUCAUGAUUGACAACUUUGAAGAGGUGUUCAGAGACAUGACCGUCGGCGAGGGCGAGAUGGUGUGUGUGGAGCUGGUGGCGAGCGAUAAGAGCAACACCUUCCAGGGCGUCAUCUUCCAGGGAUCCAUCCGCUACGAGGCCCUCAGGAAGGUUUACGACAACCGGGUGAGCGUCGCUGCUAAAAUGGCCCAGCGGAUGUCGUUCGGCUUCUACAAGUACAACAACAUGGAGUUUGUGAGGAUGAAGGGGCCACAGGGGAAGGGUCACGCCGAGAUGGCCGUCAGUCGGGUGCCGACGGGCGACACGUCACCCUGCAACACAGAGGAGGACCAGGUCUCCCCCAUGCAUGAACGGGUGACGUCAUUCAGCACUCCUCCGACCCCCGAGAGGAACCGUCCCUCCUUCUUCUCUCCGUCCCUGAGAAGAAAAGUCCCCCGAAACCGAAUCGCAGAGAUGAAGAAGUCCCACUCCGCCAAUGACAGCGAGGAGUUUUUCAGGGAGGAAGAGGAUGAAGACAUCCACACGGCCACCAACCUUCGCUCGCGCUCGCUCUCUGGAACCGGGCGCUCUCUGGUCGGCUCCUGGCUCAAACUGAACCGCGCCGAGGAUUACUUCCUGCUCUACUCGCACCUGACCUACGUCACGCUGCCGCUGCACCGCAUCACCACAGACAUCCUGGAGGUGAGGCAGAAGCCCAUCCUGAUGACAUAACGGAGCCGGACUUCCCCCUCAGAGCAUCUUUACAAAGUGCCUCCACCAUCAGGCAACUGAAACAACAGCAGCGCCCCCAGCUGCCCGGGCGCAGACCUGCAGCCAAUCACCCGCUUCACCCGAGACGCUCAGGAGACGACCGAGGCGCAGAGACGCUCCGCAGACAAACCAGCCAUCCAGGAAGUGCCUCCUCUUCUUUUUUCAACGCCCUGCCAAGUCCGAGGUCGUCUCCGUGGAAACGGGCCUGGCGUCAGGACCACUUGACCUCAGCGUGAAGAGGCUUUGGUCGAACUCGGAACAGGAGGAAGAGGGAAAUUAAUGUUUGUUUUCCUGUAAAUAUCUGCUGCUUUCCUCACUGAGACGCCUUGACUAAAGGUUGUGCUUUUAAAGACCGUCGUCCGUUUUUUCGACCGACGCGUCGCAGAGUUGCUCUUUUUCUAAUAUUCUGCACCAUUUAAAGGGAGCGGGAGAUUAAAGUUUGAUGUUUUCUUCAACGCAGACAGAAAACCUCCACAUUCACAGCCGGAACCAACAUGUUCAACUUUAAUCUGAUGGGAGCGGAAAAUGUAAAUUUAAAUAAAUUUACAUAAAGGAAAUGAUUUGUAAGAAUCUUAUUCCCAGAAGAUCUUUUUGUUCAUAUUUGUAUCACUCACAAACCAACAGGUUUUCUUAAACUUUAUUAACAUCAUAAAAAAGUAAGUCUGCAGAACAUAACUGGUAUUUAAUCUCAUUAUUUCACCGCACUAAAAUGAAUAUUGAAUUUUUUUUAUUAAAUUAGUAAAUUCGGUCUAUUUCCAGCACUGUUUUGUCUUAUUUUAGUUAACCUGCUUAAAACAAAAUGUUUUAGUUACUUUGUGUGUAGAAAACUAAGGUUUUGUUACAAGGAAAUUUUUUUUUGAUGUUUUUUCUUCAAUGUAAGGUUACAUUUUUUGCAAAUAAGUCGUUACAUUCUAAACCCUCAAAGUGAAUAAAUAAAUAAAUGAUUCAGUUAAUUAAAGUUAAAAGUAUAAAAUAAUUUCCCUUCAUCAUCACAUUCAGUUUUAGUUUUAAUUUUGAGUCUUUUCGACGUUAUGUAACUGACUUCACUUCCCUACUGGACCUUUAUUUAAAAUAAAAUCCCCUUUAAGAAUUUUUCUUAUGUUUUUUUUUUUAAAGAGGAAAAACUCCAGAACAAAAGGGAUUAACUUUUUGAUGUAAAAAAAAAGGCGAAUAUUUUCUCCCUUUGUGCUCCUAAAGCCUUAAAUCUGUUUCUCCAUUUCCAUCCAAACCACCAGAGUGAAGCUUUAAGCGGUUCCUCCUGCAGCUUCUGUGCUAAAAAGACCUUUUUCUCGUCAUGUUUUCCCGACCUGCCGAUCACUUGAUGCAUCAGCUGUCUGUCAGCUGUUAUUGAUCAGAUCCUGUCAGUAAUUUUCAUCGAUCAAAGUGUUUGUUUUCAUCAGUGUUGUCGUAGCUGUAAAGUUCUCCACAGGACGUGUUUUUCCUCAGUUCGGGAAAUCCGAUCACUCGUCUCUUUGGUGUUUAUUGAUGAUGUUUGUAGAGCCUCCAGCUGAAUGUACCCUCGCCGAUCAAUAACAAAGACUGCUUUAACUGAGAUGACGGUUUUGCACUGUAAAACGCUUUUAGCGCCUUUCUGAAAGCUGUUUGGAUGUUUCGUUGACGUGUUCAUACAUCACAGCUUUUGUACACUCGGUUACUGUGCAUGUUGGCGAUCUUUUUUUGUUGCUCACUUUAAAAACAUUUUCUCAUAUUUAUUUAUUGAAAUACACAUUAGCAGAAAAUUGA